AGUCUUGUUGUAAUAAUGUAAUGUAUAAUGUAGGUCAUGUUACUGAAGAAAACAAUCGUAUUUUUUAUUAUUAUGUACAAAUGUCCGCGCGUCUUUUGACGUGACAAAACGCGGACACGCAUACAUAAUAAUAGCAUAGUUUUUAUUUAAAAUAAAACUUAAGAAUUAUGGUUAUAAUAUCAGUUAAUUUAUUGGAGUAAAUAGAAAACGGAUUUGUGCCAGAGACCCGUCGUCGCUAUCGCUAUAUUAUACAUUUACGCUGUGUGUUGUGUGCACCUAUGAUCGUAGAAUUUGUUUUCUUAGGUACUAUAUAGACAUAUAGUAUUAUCGCAAUAAUACAAAUUUAUACAUAACAAAAACAAAAAGCGAUGUUGGCAUUUUUCAACGUUUUUUUUUAGUUAAAUUCUAAUGGCAUACACCGCCUACGACACGUAAUGUGUAUGUGAAAUACAAUGAGCGGUCUCUUUAAAAAAAAAAAAAGUAUUUACUAUAAUAAUUUUAAUCUUUAUUAUCAUCAUCGACGUACAAGAAUACUGUACAGAGGUCCCCAGUUUAUGUCUAAUGCCGUCACAGCAUCUCGAAUGUUGCCUAAUUCGUGUCUACUGUCCGAUGGUCGGAAGUAAAGGGUUGUACGAGGUCCUGCAGGGUUUUUGGUACGUGCUGCGCAAGUGGGUCGGCGUUAGUUCGUUUGAAUGCAAGCGACCAAUAGUAGUUUAGCACGUGCGGUUUAUUCUUCCUUAUUGCACAUCACGGACGAUGACACGUACCGCGCGUUUAUAUACAUACACUGCACUCACAAUACGACGCAUCGUCGACGGAGGGCGUAAGUAUUCGGUCCUUGCGAAGGGGUGUAAAACUCUUCGUCCGAGUACCGCUAAGGGCUGGGAUGAGAGAAGACGAUAAUAUGAUUGUAAUAAUAAUAUAUACGCUUACAGUGGUUGAUGUGCAUGUAAAUAUAUACAUAUUUAUAGUAAGCGAACCGAGGGCUUGUGAUUACCCAACGUGCAUGUUACGAAACUACGCGAUAUAUCCACAUGCAGUGCCGAUACCCUCUUUUUUAAAUUUUGUUACCUACUCGCUAUUGUAUAUUAUAAAUUAUUACGUAUCAUGGGGAGUCGUUUGUCGUAUUGGAUUUUUGAUUUUUCUGCUGCAAUAAUAAAUAGGUGUAUCUCACGUUUGAAACAUUCGAAUAUAUAAUAAUAUGACGUAUUUAUAUUGCGUCGAUAUACUGCGAUUGAUGUAAUUGAUGUAUUUAUUUACGAUUGCGUGUGUAAUAAUACGCCGCGACACUUGGUCUUCACGUUAGUAAGAUAAUAAAUUUCGAAAAUCGAAUCGAUCAUCAUCCCCCACUGCAGUCUUUAUUACUGUAAGCGCCUCGCAGUGCAUGCGUGUCGGGUAAUAUUACGAGACGUAAGCCAUCGCCGUCGGUUAUUAUGUUGUAUUUUGACCAGAGUCCGCGCAAACUGCUCUAGAAAACAGUGGCGUAGGAGUAUAUAUAUGAGUAUACAGUCGCACAAGGGGGGGCCCACGCGUCGUCCUCUGUUUAGGACGCGACCUACGCGCGAAACGCUCCCACAAUUUACGCCCACUUACGCCCACACAUCGACAACAAUAAUAAUAUAAUAACGCUUAAAUUUGAAAUAAUUGUCGUCUUUGUAAUUUUUACAUGUAUACACGUUUUGUGAAAAUCGGCCUGACGUGUAUUCGUGUGUGUUGUGUGUCGCAGUAACUGCAGUAUAUACGUAUCGUGUGUCACCGCGUCAAUGAGAAAUAUCCAGUAAAUAGUUCACCGAAUACGAUAGGUUUAACAGUUAACAAGCUUCCGAUUGAAUUCUCGUUUGAACAGUUAUACGGUCGAUUUGAUAAUUAUAUAUUUAUAAGUCGCUAGCGCCAGGGAUGCUGCGAAACAGAAAACUGCGUACUGGGUCGUACAUGUAAUAAUAAAAACACCCGUUACCUACUCUAAUAUUGCUGCGAUGUUGUCCUAAAACCUUAUUGAUUCUUAUUUGUGUGACGGGGUGGUGUAUGUUUGACUAACGGGCGGUAGGGGGGUUGAUGUCAAAGUAGUGGUGGCGGCGGCAGUUGCGGUCGAUGGCCUCUGCGUGAUAUUUGAUGUGUGUGUGUGUGUUGUCUGUGUGUGUAUAGAAAUCGAAAUGACGUCGCGAUUCACGGUCAUCGGAAAACACGAAAGCGGUGGUGGCAGAUCGGGUGGUUAACCUGUUGGCUCGGAGAGCAGCGCCCGCGUAGCAACAGGUAGCAUAUAUACACAUAGACACGAGCGCGCGCGCGCUUUCCUCUCUACCGCUCUCUCUGCCGUGUUUCUGCGAAAACUACCCUUGUCUUCGUACGUUUUACGCGCGCUUGUCGUAUUUUAUCGAUUACAUUAUACUAUAUCGGCAGCGGUAGCUCUGGCGCAGAGCACACUUGACUGACCCAAUGUCAAGGACGACCGACCGCCCCUCUCCGCGUCGUGAUAAUAUAUCAUAUUUUAUAUAUAUAUAUAUAAUACUCCUACAUCCCGCAGUUCAUGUGGCGCCUCAUAAGUCCGUUCGAUUUAAUAUUUUCCCCGUUUACCACCCCCAUCGCCGCCGCUUUUAUAGUAAUAUAUUUAUAAGUAGUAUUUUUGUUGUCCGUAUAGCGCUCGCUAUAUAGUACGCUAGUAAACACUUAUAUACGCAUAAAUACAUCAUGCACUCUGUAACUUGAUAUCGCUGUAGUAUAUCGACGGGUGGCAGCGCGAGAGCAACUCGCACGCGUCUCUUUAGUUUUACUGCUCGUCGCUAAAAUAAUAUAUUUUUUACUUCACGAAUACAUAAUAAUUGUCUUCGUGCAACAAUAUUUUAUUAUAGUAUAUUACCGUUUUUCACCUUACUUAACGUUUUGGUGCGUUUUUCGAUCCGUCGUAAAUUGCAUUUCGAUCUUCGCGAUGUACGUAUAAUAUUAAUAUGUAGUUUUGUAGAUCAUCGUGUUGAUAGUCUUUUACAAAUGUACAUCACGUCAUCGGAAAUCUUGCAGACUUUUCCAUCGUCGUGUGUGGUAAUAGCCAGUCGCCACCGUGUUUGUGCGCUUGCGUCGUUUUGCGGUGAUUGAACGUACGUUCGAUUAGCUGCACGAAUGACUAUGGCUGAGGUAGAAAUGGAGCCGCCGACAGACAGGGCGAGCCGGUCGACGAUCUACAAGACCAACAACAACCAUCCGCUGGCCACGAACAAUAACAACCAUCUGCACCACGUUCCCAGCGCGCGUCCCGUGGUCGUCAAGCACAAAAAGCGGAAACGCCUGAACCAAGUGUUGGACAGGUUAGCGGGCCAGGCUACUUCGCCCAACAACAACAACAACAACAGUAAUCAUAAUAACAACAACAACAACAUCGAAAUCGAUGUCGUAGCCGUGAAAGAAGAAGAGCCGGAGAUCAAGGAGACCGACGGAUCGGUGACGGCCACGGUAGUGGUGGACAGCGGCCACGUGUCCAACGGCGUCGGGUACGAAAGCGACGAGUCGCUGCGGAGGUCCUCGUGCAAAGACAGCUACGAGGAACCGUUCAGCCCGGCCGGUUCGUCUUCGUGCAACCGGUCGCCGCGCAGCUCUCACACCGACUCGCCGUUCAGCCCGAACCGGACGAGGCCGGACGACCCGCCGGCGCCGCAUCUACAGCAGCCACAGUUUCACCCGGCGCCGCUGUUACCGCCACAUCCGCUUCACCACUAUCUCAAGUACCCGAAGUGCGAUUGCCUGUUCUGCGGCGGCGACGGCACCUCGCCGCCCCGGCACCCUCUACCGCCCAUGCCGCCACCGCCGUCGCAGCAGCACCUCAACCACCUGCAGAACAGCAAGAACUCAUCGCAGCAACCGCCCGUCACGCCCAUGUCGCCGGCAUCGCUGUUGGCCGGUUCCAUGUACACGUUCGAACACUACCUGCACACCAAGUACCUGCCCGACAUAUUCCGGAAGCGGCGGAGCCAUUCCGAUUCCGAUGUUCCUAUGUGGUUCGAAGCGACCAAAGCCGAACACUGCAACAGCGGUGGCGGCGGCGGCGUUAACGACGACUCGACCGCUUCGACGGCCGCUGCCGUCCGGGUGACCACGUCGGCGACCGGUACCGGCAGCCGGAGGGGCAAGAGGCCGUUUUCGGUGCCGCAUCCCUUGGACAAGCCGGCUCGGAAAAGGGGCCCGGCGUCCUGUAGGUCUUCCGCGCCUCCGCCACCGCCGCAACCGCCCCAAGACUUGCCGCUCGACCUGUCCAUGAAGAACGGAUUCUGGCCGUUCGCCGCCCCCGAACCGCCGGCGGUCGAACCGUCCGUCUCCACGGCCGUGGCGGCCAACGCCGCCGCGACGACGCCGUCACCUCCGCUACCGCCGGCCACCGCCUCUUCCGCCGGCACUCCUCCUACGACGUCGGUCGUGUCGGUGGGCUACUACAGCCGGCCCGGCAGCGCGGGCGGUUACACCGUGCCGGUGGUCAAGGGCGACGUGGCGUCGCGCACCACCAAGGCUUCGGUGGCCGUCCGGUACAACCUGGAAGUGUCGCCCGUCGUCGAGGAGAUGCCCGUCGGCUCGGACGUGGCGUACGUGUGUCCGGUGUGCGGACAGAUGUUCAGCCUGCACGAUCGGCUGGCCAAGCACAUGGCGUCCCGGCACAAAACGUCGGCGUCGGCGUCGUCGUCGUCGGCCGGCACCGGGACGGCGGCGAACUCGUCGUCGUCCGAGAACGGCGGCGGCGGCGACUCGUCCGGCGGCGCGGCCAAGGCGUACCCGUGCGAGGUGUGCAACCGGUCGUUCGCGCGCAGCGACAUGCUCACCCGGCACAUGCGACUGCACACGGGCGUCAAGCCGUACACUUGUCGCGUGUGCGGCCAGGUGUUCUCGCGGUCCGACCACCUGAGCACCCACCAGCGCACGCACACCGGCGAAAAACCGUACAAGUGUCCGCAGUGUCCGUACGCCGCGUGCCGCCGGGACAUGAUCACCCGGCACAUGCGCACCCACUCCCGGUACGAGAUGGUCUCGUCGUCGUCGGCGUCCGGUGCCGCUGCCAUGGCGGCCGCGCUGGGCCUGGACCCGCCGUCGCCCACCUCGCCCACCGGCGGCCAACUGUUGCUGUCCCCCCCGCUCGAGGUCCUCUGCAAGUCCGAACCGCAGUAGCGGUGCUGCAGUCUUUAGUGCACCGCAGUGCGGACGGUCUUAUUAUUAUUAUUAUUAUUAUAAUGUUAAAACGUAUCACUUUUGUAACAAUAUUUUGAUAGUAAAUAUAAAAUGUGUUUAUAAUAUUUAUUAAAUUGUACAUCGUAGCCGAUAAUUUUAUUAUUAUUUGUAUAUGUAAAUUAUAAUCUUAAGAACAAUACACACACACACACACACACACACAUAUACACACUACAAACGUGCGUGCGCACACAGCUUUUUGUCAAAACCAAAGAUAAAAUAAUAGUAAGUCUAUGCGCAUGUAUAGGUAAUAAUUAUUUUUAAUUAUUCGUUUUCCUGAAUGAUUAAAUUUUUUUCGUAUAUAGGUACAUCAUACGUGUAUUGAUUAUAAUAAUAUAUAAUCGCGUAAUACUUUGGUAUUAUGUUAUUAUUAUUAAUAUUAUCUAUACAUAGUGAUUUCUCGUGUAUAGUAUAUAUUUUUUGUUUCGUACACCGACAAUCAUCGUCGUUGCGUAAUUUUCGUAUACCAACACGAACGUCGUCAUACGCGCGUCGUAUUUAUUUUUUUCUACUCUAGUUAUUUUUCAAAUAAGUGUAAACAGGGUGUGUGUUACUAUUAUUUUGUAUAUAUUAUUAUGUAUUAUGUACCGCGACGUGCCAUCCUACGUAAGUUUGUUUUUUUAUUACCAAUUUUUUUUUUCGUUUUUGUACCAUUGUUAUCGUCGCCGCGAGAUUUGCCGAUUUGGUUUUCGAUACAUUCUGGUCGUCCAGCUGCAGACGCUACAGUCAUCCGUCAUUAUUCGUAAAAUGCUGGUAUUGUUUUUUUUUUUUUUUUGUUCGCGCCGAAGCGAAUAUUUGCUCAAAUUUAAUAACGAUAUCCCCUAUUUACCUGAUUACGGGAAAUAACAUUUCGCGUCUAACGGGGAAAAAAAAUUAUCGUGAAAUCCUUAUACGAAGCGACUGUUAUUAUUAUUAUAUUAUUAUAAUUAUUAUUAAUUUUUUUUUUUGUAAUGAAGCGUGCUCAUCAUCCAGUAAAAAAACAGUUUUUUUACUCACACGCUCUUUUCGACUAUCAUCUCAAUAAAAAUUAGCCGGAUGAACAAAAAAAAAAAAAAUCGAAAAUUCUUUAUUGAGGAAAUCGCAUAUCUUUUGAAUUUUUUUCUUUCCAAACGAUUAUCACCAGUAUACAACGUCAUAUCAUAAAUAUUAUUUACGGACGAUUGAAUUAUUUUUAAUAUAUAACGCUAUUUUUAUUGUAAUAUUAUAUAUUAUUAUACAAAACGUGCAUGAUGUGAUAGAAACGAAAUGUUAAAACCGUCGUGAGAUUGUUAAACGGAAAACGGUAAAACAGGGACAUAUUAUUUUUAUUUGUAUAAAAUAUACCUAUUUAUGUUUAUAUAUAUAUAUAUAAUAUAAAUCGUAUUUAUUUCUAUUCAAACCGUAAAUAAUAUCAUUUGAAAACUGUAAUAUUUUUUUCAUCGCAAUAGUGAACGACGUAAAAAGAUUGUCCGUGAAAAAAACUAAUUAUAAAUUUUAUAUUUCCCAUUACAAUGUAAUAUUAUAACACUAUAUUUAUGUACCUAUGAAUAUAAUAUAUUUAUAUAAUACUCUAUGUAUAACGUACGCAACGCACCUGUGAACAAUUUUUGUAUUUUCGAAUAUGUACUGGUACAGCGUAGUAAUAGUAGUUAUGUGUCGUCCUAUAUCCGUGUAUGUCUAUUUUUAUUUUUACUAAAGUGCGAUGUGCGAACCUCGUCGUCAUAAUUAUGUUAAGCUUUGCUCAAAUCCAUGUUUUAAGAAGACCAACAGAAAUCGUAUGAAUUACAACGCAACGUUGUUUUCUUAUCGGUUUUUAAUAUAUUUUUUUUUUUUAAUGAACAAUUUUUUUUGCAUAUCUGUGUACCAUCGUAAAAUCGUUACUCGUUUAUAAUAUUAUAUGAACCUAAUAAUAAUAUUAUGUCUGUACCGCUCUGUAUUUGUUUACGCGAGACGAAAUUGAAAAAAAAAAUUCUAUUAAAUAUAUUUAUAAGAAAAAAAUA